UCUAUCACCCACGUUCCAAUGGCUGCAACUUCUACCACUAGCUUCACAAAAUGCCAAUCAAAUGUUGAGCUUGAAAAUGAAGGUGAAGAUGAAGAAUAUGAAAAUCUUAGCCAAGAAUGUAAGGAACUGCUUCUUCGUCUCCCCAAAGAGAAGGGUUGGGACUUCCCAUACUUUUAUCUCUACCAAGAUAUUUGGUAUCCACCAGCUCGAAUCCAAGCCAUAAUCUCUUUUCAAAAACACUUCCAAGCAAAAGAGAGUGAUAUCAUUAUAGCGUCCUUACCAAAAUCUGGCACUACUUGGUUAAAAGCCCUUACUUUUGCAAUUGUAAAUCGCAAUCGUUUCUCUCCCUCACAACAUAACCAUCCUUUGCUCAUUUCCAAUUCUCAUGACCUUGUGCCUUUCUUUGAGUUCAAUCACUAUGGAAACAAUCAGAUUCCUAAUCUCUCCGCCUUGCCUGAGCCAAGACUUUUUGGUACACAUAUUCCAUUUCAUUCAUUGCCAGAUUCUGCUGUCAAGUCCAAAUGCAAGAUAAUCUAUAUAUGUCGCAACCCAUUUGACCAUUUUGUGUCCUUUUGGCUUUUCAUCAACAAAGUCAUCCCACCAUCAUUGCCCAAAUUAUCAAGCGAGGAAGCAUUUGAGAGAUACUCCAAGGGAAUCAAUGAGUUUGGUUCUUUUUGGACACAUAUGUUGAGUUAUUGGAGAGAAAGCAAAGUGAUGCCAGGCAAGGAUCUGUUUUUAAAGUAUGAAGAUCUAAAAGGAGAUAUCAAUUUUUUCUCGAAAAGAGUGGCUGAUUUCUUGGGUUUCCCAUUUAGCCCAGAGGAAGAAAGUAAUGGUAUUAUUGAAAGCAUAAUUGAGCUAUGUAGCUUUGAGAAAAUGAAGGAACUGGAGGCUAAUGAGAAUGAUAAGUUUAUGCAGAAGUAUGAAAACAAGGAUUUCUUUAGGAAAGGUGUGGUGGGAGAUUGGGUAAAUCAUUUUUGCCUUUCCAUGGAAGAGAAAUUGUCCAAAGUGAUAGAAGAGAAGUUGGGUGGGUCUGGUGUAUCCUUUUAGUUACUCUCUCUGUUUUUUUCUUUUUUUUCUUUUUUUUUUUAAAUAUUGCACACCCUAAGUGUAUCCGACUCAAGUUGAAAGGACGUAAUGGCACUUAACUCUAAAUUGAGCACUUGUGGAA